AUGCCUACCACACCACGACCCCUAGCUGUGCCAACCAUCGUACUUAACAAUGGGCAAACGAUGCCUGGGGUCGGUAUGGGUUGUUGGAUGGGAGAUCGUGGAGGGGCAAAGAAGGAGGCUAAGGAGAUGUGCAAGAAAGCGUUGGAGAUCGGAUAUAGGCAUUUCGAUACGGCACGUAUUGCCUCUGGUUAUGGUAACGAGAAAGCGGUAGGAGAAGCCAUCCGUGAGUCUGGGAUCCCUCGGGAAGAGAUUUUCGUGACCACGAAACUAUGGAGCUCGUAUCAUCACCGUGUCGAAGAGGCGUUCGAGAACUCCCUUAAGGAGCUUGACAUCGGAUACAUUGACCUCUAUCUCAUGCACUGGCCCCAGGCCAUUAUCGACGACAAAAUCAUACCACCUGGAGAAUCCCCAGACAAAACCGUACCACCUGGAGAAUUCCCAACCUUCAUCGAAACCUAUCUUUCAAUGGAACGUCUCCUUACCACCCACCCCACGCAACUUCGCUCAAUUGGGAUCUCCAACUUCUCCAUUCCCAACCUCACCGCUCUCCUCGCCUCUCCGGACCUCACCGCCAUCCCCGCAGUCAACCAGCUCGAAAUGCAUCCACACCUCCCCGACACCGCUCUCAAAGCCUUCUGCGAAUCCAAAGGCAUUCAAGUCGUGGCGUAUUCGCCUCUGGGGGCUCCGCCCGCCGCGAACGAACAGGAGAGGGAGAAGAGGUCCAAGUUGGGGAUUCCGAGUCUCGUGGCGGGAGGGAAUAAGUGGGUGAAAGGUAUAGCGGAUAAGUAUGGCGUUAGUGAGGGGACGGUGGUGCUGAGUUGGGGGGUGAAGAGGGGUACUGCGGUUAUCCCGAAGAGCGCGAACCCGAAGAGGAUGAAGGAUAACAUCAGUGUACUUCUUUCUCAUCCUUUCUCCAGUCUUCCUCUUCAUAAUGCGCUUACUUUUGUUAUCCCUCAGCUGAUCGACCUCAGCGAUGAAGAUAUGAAAGAGCUCGAUGGGAUACAUAAAGAGGAAGGUCAACACACAAGCCUGAUAGCGUUUUACGCGGAGAAGCCUGGAGUCAUACUUGGUUGGACUUAUGAGCAGCUCGGGUGGGAUAUGGACGUCAGAGGGCGGAUCACUACCAAGGCUUGA